AUGGCCUCCUUCUGCAAGAUUGAGAGCACCACCUCCAGUUUACCCAGCAUGCUCAGCACUCUGGAGGAACACGACUUACUGUUUUGGCUGCACCUCAAUGACUGUCCACAGGAUGACUCCAAAGAGGGACUUGAGGUUCCCCUGGUCGCUGUGCUGCAGUGGUCCACGGCCAACAUGCCUUUCACCAACUGUAUCUACACCCACUACAGGCAUGUGGCCCCCAGACCCACUGGCCGGAGUCACUGUGAUGAUGCGGACCUGAGCGCCGUGGUGUGCCACACCCCCCUGAGUAACCUGGGCCACUGCCGCCGGGGCAGCACCCUGUCCUUCACCGUGGCCUUCCAGAUCCUCAAGCCCGGCCUGUACGAGUCAGCCAAGCAAACAAGGUUCAUCUCAUUAGCGGCAGAAUCUGUAAACUAGUAAAACGUGUCCUUCCUCCCGGCUCUAGGGAAGAACAGCCCCUCCAGCCCGGCGGUGAGGGACCUGCUGGACCGCCACCAGGCCAGCCUGGGCCGCUCGCAGUCCUUCUCCCACCAGCAGCCGUCCCGCUCACACAUCAUGAGGACGGGCAGUGCCAUGGAGCGGCGCGCUAUAACCCCUCCUGUGGGCUCCCCCGUGGGGAGACCGCUGUACCUGCCCCCCCCAGACAAGGCGCUGCUCUCCCUGGACAAGAUCGCCAAGAGAGAGUGCAAGGUUCUGGUGCUGGAGCCCAUCUGCUGAGAGACGGACGGGGGGAGGAGGAGAGCGCUACAGCGAGAGAGAGAGAGACGGGGAAACAGGAGCUAAACAAGAAGUAGAGUGACAGAAGGCAAAAUAGCAGAAUAUAAUAAUCAAGUACGAAGUUUACACAAGUAACUGCUAGGUGGGGAAAAUAGACAAAAGGUCAUAUUGAGUUGGUUUAACACAAGAGAACAGGAGAUGACAUCUAGGGAUUCAGGAAAGCGUUAAAACAGGACAGUCCUUAGCUAAAGACUGUCCAACGGGACAGUCCUUAACUACAGACCGUUCAACAGGACAGUCCUUAACUAUGGACUGUCCAACAGGACAGUCCUUAACUAAAAGACAAAGGCUGUGUCUCAAUGGUGAGGAGGCUUCCUAUAACCUCAGGACCUAUAAAGGGAAAGUCCUUGUUAGGGAGCUACUUUGUGAAAGUACUUGAAUGAGGCUGCAGAUUAGCAGCACCUGACAACCCAAAAAUUCACUUUGGCCGUUUGUGUCUUUUUACUGAAGGUCCAAGUCCCUAUGCUAGCUGUUCAUAUACAGUUGUCUUAUAAUGAAGCAACAAUAACCUAACAUGUUCGAUUGACAAAUAUGUAAUCAUGCCUUGACGUGAUAAUUGUGAUAAUUUAAAAGACUAAUUCCUUAUGCCGCAUGGUCUCAGGGGAUAUCCUCCACUGACCGAGUAGCCUUCCCACGCUUCCUUGAAGCUUGCCUUAACUAGGCACCUAGUUAGGAUGUUUCCUCUGCUUCUUACUGUAUUGGAAUAUACGUCGCAACUCAGCAACUCAGACACAGAGAAAGUGUGGGCUACCCUUUCCAAGCUGCUGCUCACCAGCAUGAAGGAGAACCAUCAAGUGAGCUCAGGAGAUUGACCAGUUCCUAACGCUGGUCCCCCCUGAAUCCAGACAUCCCUAGGACAUGAGGAGGCUCUGAGAACACAUUUUGUAGAAGUUGUCUUGAUCGGCCCUAAACCAGAAGACAUCCACUAAUUAGUAGAACACUGUGAUCCACUAAUUAUUAAAACAAUAUUAUCCACAAAUUAUGAAACACUAUGGAUAGAUUGAA